AUGAAUGUAACUAAUCUAAUUAAUAUAACAUCGAUUCAUCAAAAUUACCCUUCAUAUCAUCCACAAUUCAUAUGUGAAUCAACAUUACAGUCGAAAAGAUUUUUAUCACCACAAUUUCAUCAUAAUCUAAAUGGAAGGAGAAUUCCAAUAACAGAACGUCGACCUGUCCCUUGGCUCUUAUUAUCCACUAAUCGUUUAGCAAUUAUUCGUCGUUUAUUAGGUGAUAGCGAAAAUUUCACAUCACUCAAUGCGUUACCAUCAGGAUAUCGUGCAAAUAUAUGUCUUACACCGUUUAAUAAUGCAAAUAUAAAUAAUUUAGAUAUUUUAUAUCAUAGUCGAAUUGCUUUAGUAUGCUGUAAUCCAUCGAUUACAUCAACUUCUGAACCAGCUCAACCAAUGUUCAUUUAUUCACAUGGAUCUGCAUUUACGGUAGAAAUGACUUCAUCCAAUGUUCGUGUACCACCAUUUCUAAAUUUUUCAGAACUAGUUAAUUAUGUAAAAAAACUACCUCUUCUACCAUGUAAAGAUUCGCCAACACUUGUACCAAUGCAUUGUUUACCCGACAGUUUUACAUUCCAACCACAUUCGUUGCUACUAGUACAACAUAUGAAGGGAAAUAAUUGGACUGAAGAGAUUAGUCGGAGUACUGGAAAAUUGUAUUACUUCAACCGAUUGAAAUCUGAAUCUACUUUCGAUUCACCAGAAAGUGAACACUUAUCAUUCACUGAGACACAUUUCACAAAACUACCUUGGAUAACAGAACAAAAAUAUUGUUCAAGUGUUACCACUUUAAUACAAUAUUUGGAGAAAAUGUCAGAUCCUUAUUCAUAG